CAGGGCUUCAUCAUCACCAUCAGUCAGUCAAUAUCAAAGCAUAGAAAACGAAAACUGGAACAGACUGGACAUAAAAGGAUCACUUUUCAAAAUGAAAUUCUUCUGUGCUCUCUGGCUUUGGAUGUUUCUGUCAGAAUUCAGUUCAACUACUGAUGCAAUUUCUAAAGAAGGAUAUAGUGAAGGAAACAUCACAAUUACAUGUUCCCACCGCUGGGCUGCAAACAACAGAAAGUAUUUCUGCAGAGAUCCAUGUGGACACUUGGACAUUUUAGUCAAAUCUGACCAGACACCUACAGGGAGAUACACACUGAAGGAUUCUGGAGAUGGCACCGUCACCGUGCACAUCACUCAUCUACAGGAGUCAGACUCUGGGAUUUACUGGUGUGCAGUGGACAGAUUUGGUUUUGACACAUUUGAGAAUGUCAAACUGACAGUCUUUAAAGCCAACACUGGAAAUGUGGAUAAAGUGAUUCAUCACAGGAUGACAGAAACACAAACAAGCACUGAAAUGUACUUGACUAAAACGAGACACUCCAUUUUCGUAUCUUCAACUACUAAGGACAGCACACUCUCAAACACAACAGGAUUUGCCAAAGCUUCUGGUCCAGCAGACAAAACAACAGGUGCUGAACACAGAAUCACAUCCUCAUCUGCCGAUAAUAUAUUCCCAGUGCCUUUAUAUUAUAUUCCUUACAUUGUUGCUGGUCUGGCCAUCCUGGUGAUCAUAUGUGUACUUGGACUGGUCACUGUUUGUCAGUGCAGAAAGAGAAUCAAUAAAUCAAGAUGUGUUACUGCAACAUCUACAUACAACUCCCAUCACAGCGAGGAGGCUAAUGGUGUUUAUCGGAACGCUACUGAUGACAGACCCUACGCCACUAUAAAGAAAUCCAGCACUAUGUCUAAGGAUGAGAGUCAAUCAGACCCAGUCUACCAGAACCUACACUUCAACACUACCCAGGAAGAAGCUAUCUACGGCAAUCUUUAAAAAUAUAUAUAUACGUUUAAUAUAUAUUUUCACACCAUUAUAUGUAAAUAAAUAUCGCUUUUGCAUGUAAAGUUUACAUGUGAAACAACAAUGAAGGGCUGCAAUACUUCUAGGCUGUUUCAUUUUAAAGUUUCUGACAGAGCUAUUUAAUCUAAAGACUCAUGCACUUAAUUGGUUGAAGCCAUUCCUGAGUUUAAAACAAGACUCAAAAUAGUCAAGAACUGUUACUGUGUUGUGUGUACAUCAUCUACUCACUGCUAAAUUGGUUGUGCAUUGCUGAGAGGUAUCCAGAUCUAGAAUGAGUACAGCACAUUUUUACUCACCAUGACUUCCAGACAUAUAUACCAUCUGAAAAGUGAUAUGACUUUGUUUUGCAGCAUCUACCCAUAAUCAUCUGCCCAAAAAAGAAGCUCCUUGAGUAGACCUUAAGUUAUGGUUAAGUAUUCUUAGUUGGUUUACUGCAGUGUAUGCAAGACCCAGGCUCUCUUUAUCAGGCUUCAUAUAUUUACUGUAGGUCUUCGCCAUCAUGGCAAAAAUAACAUCUGGAUAUGUAAGGUUGUAACCAAGUCUCUCUAUCUGGAAUAAUGGCUCCAAUGUUUAUAAUAAACUUACAACU